CCACUAGCGCCUAAGCACCUCCGUCCCUUCUCCCAUCAUGUCCUCCGUCAGCUCCCGUUUGAGCUCGUCAACAGCAGCUGCCAAGAAACUCGUCACUGCGUCCUCGCCAUACGAGAAUGCCAAGACCGUCCUCCUUGUCUACUUUGUCCUCAAGCAGAGCUUGCGCGCUCUCCGUCACCUUAGGGCGCGUGGUAUUACCUCAACGUUUGGCGAGUUCUGGAGAUGGGUCUGCGAGCGCGUACUCCUCCUAGUCCUCCAGAUGCCCUCUAUGAAGAAGAAAGUCCAGACCGAGAUGAACCGCGCCAAGCUCGACAUAGAAGCUAAGCUCGUCCCCCAGGGUGCCGACGUCGUCCGCCAUCUAUCCCUUCCUGCUGAGGGCAAGUCGCCCGAGUGGAUCAUGGAGGAGAUGAUCAAGAUGGACAAGGACCAGGCCAUGUCGGACUGGAGGCACGGCAAGCUCUCCGGCGCAGUGUACCACGGAGGCGACGACCUGUCCCGCGUGCUCGUCGCCGCCUUCGAGCGGUACGCCGUCUCGAAUCCGCUCCACCCCGACGUCUUCCCCGCCGUGCGCAAGAUGGAGGCCGAGAUCGUCGCCAUGUGUCUGCGGAUGUACAACAACCCCGACGGCGCGGGCACGAUGACGUCCGGUGGGACCGAGUCCAUCGUCAUGGCUGUCAAGACGUACCGCGACUGGGCGAGGGCAACAAAGGGGAUCACGGAGCCUGAGAUGAUUAUCCCGGCUACGGCGCAUGCUGCGUUCGACAAGGGUGCUGCGUACAUGGGUAUCAAGGUUCACACUCUCCCUGUGGACCCUAGAACGCGCAAAGUCAACAUCAAGCGUGUACGACGAGCGAUAAAUCCAAACACGAUUCUUCUCGUCGGUUCAGCCGUCAACUUCCCCGACGGGAACCAAGACGACGUCGUCGCGCUUGGCAAGCUUGCGUCCUCGCACAACAUCGGGCUGCACGUCGACUGCUGUCUCGGCAGCUUUAUCAUGCCUUUCCUCGAGCGUGCCGGCCUCUCCGAGGGCGAAGACGGCGGCAAGAAGUAUAAGCUCGAGCCGUUCGACUUUAGAGUGAAGGGCGUGACAAGUAUUAGCUGUGAUACGCACAAGUAUGGAUUUGCGCCAAAGGGCUCCUCUGUCAUCAUGUACCGCGACGCUGCACUGCGGCGACACCAAUAUUACAUCACGCCCAACUGGACUGGUGGUGUCUACGGCAGCCCAAGUUUGUCUGGCUCGCGGCCUGGUGCGCUGAUCGCUGGAACAUGGGCCGCGAUGCAGUACAUGGGAUCCGACGGCUACCUGAGCUCGUGCCGCGAGAUCGUCGGCGCCGCGCGCGCGAUCGCCAACACGAUCGCGGACUCGAUACCCGAGCUGGACGUCCUCGGCAACCCGCCCGCGUCCGUCGUCGCGUUCACGUCCAGCGAUCCGGCUGUGAAUAUUCUCGAGGUGGGCGACGCGAUGGCGAAGCGCGGGUGGCAUCUUAAUGCGCUGAGCGGGCCGCCGGCGGUGCAUAUCGCUUGUACGAAACUCACGGUCCCGCUCGUGGACACGUUCGUCGCGGACCUGAGAGACGCUAUCGAGGACGCGCGGGCGGCGCCUUCGGGCAAGGGGACGAUGGUUGCGCUGUACGGUCUUGGUCAGUCGAGUGCUGUUGGCCCCAGCAUGGUCACGGAGCUCGCGGCGACGUUUAUCGACACGCUGUAUAAGGCCUGAAGAGGAAGCUUGGUGCGCCACAAUGCAGAUCCAUAUACCAUACCGUGAAACUCCAGAAGUCAGGAAGCAAGGAUGUCAGGAUGUCUGCUGCGGUUGUGGAGUGAGAGCAAGGUUUGUGGUCUUCGCGUGGGAUCGUUCGGACUUAUCGGAUUGGUUUCGCUGUGUCGCGUUUCUCGUGGGCUUGUCGUGUAUCUGCUUCUCUGUGCUUAUUUUAUG